AUGAGCGGCAGAGGGAAACCACGAAGCGUGCGCGCAAAGAGUCCGGAACCAGCGCAUGCCAAGAAUCCGGUUCGGGCCAAGAGUGCCCGGCAACCUCCAAAGGAACCAGUGAAAGACACUAAGGAGGAAACGCAACAGAUCACUGAUGAAAACAAACCCAAGAAAACCAAGGAAUAUAAGCAGCCUGAGUGCACCACUGAGGAAAAGGCACCUGUGCCACAGGAGUGCGUAGAAGUUAAAAUCGGAUCAAGGAUGGUCAAAAAAGGUGACAGCGUUGACUCAAAUCCGAAUAAGAUCCUGUUUACAACCAUUGAUCAAUUGAAGAUUAAGAAGAAACAGACAUCGGAAUCAGCAAGUAUUGUCAAUGACACGGUAAAGCGUAUAAUGGACCACAUGAAAAAGUGUACAGAAUGCUUCAAAGAUGUAAAUGAUCUGCGCACUGGAAGUUACUACGAGAAUUUAAAGAUUUCUAAUCCCGACGAAUUUGACGUGAUGUUAACUGUGCCUGUCAAGCGGGUGGACAUUCGGCCGUUUGGGGAUGAUGGGGCAUUUUACAGCGUGGCGUUCAAACGAGGAAAACACUCGUUGGAUCGCUUUCUAGAUGAAGACAACACAAUAUCUGCCAGUGGAAUGCUUACGGAGUUCAGAAACGAGGUUAAAAAGUGUGUGAAGAUACUCAAAGACGUGGGGUUGGAGAAGAAAAAGAAGGGUUGCCCGGCAGUGACCUUACUGAUAAACGGGACGGGAACGGUCCCUAUCUCACUGGACAUUGUUCUGGGGCUUGAGGUCCGCUCGAGCUGGCCCACUUUCACCCAAGGAGGCAUAGACAAAAUAGACAUCUGGCUCGGGACCAAAGUGAAGAAAGAACAAAAGUUUAAGGGGUACUACCUCGUUCCGAAGUACGAGGGAAAGGGCACGGUGGAACGGGAAGGUGUCUGCGCUAGAGACGCAUGGCGCAUCUCAUUCUCGCAUGUGGAGAAGAGUAUCCUAACAAAUCAUGGCUCCCAGAAGACCUGCUGCGAGGCCAGUGGGACUCGCUGCUGCAGGAAGUACUGUCUGAAGCUUCUGAAGCACCUGUUGGGCUUGCUGAAGGCAGAGAACCCUAGUCUGUCCAAGUUCUGUUCCUACCACGCCAAGACCACCCUGCUCCACGCCUGCUGCUCCAGGACCCAGGACAGCGACUGGGAGGAGGCCCAGCUGGGACAGUGCUUCCAGCAGCUGCUGGAGGACUUUGAGGGCCACCUGAAAGAUGGCAUGCUCCCCAACUUCUUUAUCCCCACACACAAUCUACUGGGCUCCGGCCAUGACCGCAAGAGCCGUCAGUUCCUGGCCCGGCGCAUCGAGGAGGAACGCAACAACGGUUUCCCCAUUUUCCGCAAGUGAGUCGGGACUACCUCGAUCACCUCCCCUUAGUGACUCACCCAGAGGCCCAAAAGGCAUAAGUGGAGUACAGUGGUGGUCCCAUACAGUUGUCUUUUCUUAAAGCAAAGGCAUAGGCAGGAGGAAUUGAAGAGCAGAGGAGUCAGAAGUUUCAUUUAAUUCAGAUCUUACUUGAAGAGUUUUGAGAGCCAACUGCUCCUCCAACAAAUUAUAAAAGGUAAUGUAGCCCUUUCCUGCAGUCAAUGAC